AUGGCUGGAGGCGACGACGCCGAGGCUGCCUUUUUGAAGGCUAUGAGGAACGAGCAAAUGGAAAACACAUCGUCAAACCCCCCCAACGACAGCGGAAGCCCCUCCGAAUCUCACGAUACACCUGACACACACCCCGACGACGUGCUGAAAGUCGACUUCGAUGAUGAAGAUGACAAUGCUCCGCUAAAUGAGUCGCCCUCAAUCUCACAAGAUAGUACUCCAACCGGAAGAAGCAAGGCUAAUGAAUCCGCUCAAGACGAGGACGCGGUUACUGCUACUCUCGCCAUCCCGGCGUCAUCAGCCUCGGCGUCUAAUUUUGCUAGCGGCGAGACUACGCCUGAGACCCGAGCGGAGCUCAAAAGCGUCGAACUUGCUGGACCUUUUGUAAUAGAGACAGAGGAAGAACAACCUAUGGUUAUUCCAGGAUCUAAUGCACAGAAUACUACGUUGACUUUACAGAGCAAUAAUAAUAACAUCGAAAAUGAUGAAAAGUCGACCCUCUCCGGUUUGCAGCCGGCAGCGAACUUUCCUAAUGUACCCGUGCUAAAUGUACCUGAUGAUGUCUCUCGUGUUACGAAUGAGCCCAUAACUACCCAAUCGUCCCAACAAGGAAAGAAAAAACGCCUAGCCCACGAUGUUGUCGGGAAGCUCGAAGACAGAAUUUCACAGGACUCUCGCGGUGACAUUGAAGCCUGGACCACGCUUAUCAACGAACACCAAAAAAAAGGAAAAUUUGAAGAUGCUCGCGCAGUUUAUGAAAGAUUUCUGGUUUUAUUCCCAACAGCGGCCGAGCAAUGGAUCGCCUACAUCCAAAUGGAACUAGAUGCAAACAACCUAUCACAUGCCGAACGCUUGUUCCAAAGGUGUCUCCCAGGUGUCCUAAACGUAGAUUUGUGGUCCCUUUACCUUGACUACAUCCGUAGGAGAAAUAACCUGGCUACCGACACGACAGGAAAGGCGCGAGGAGUCAUUACCCAGGUUUACGAGUUCGUUCUUAAUAGCAUUGGGAUCGAUAGGGAGGCUGGUAAGAUAUGGCAGGAAUAUAUCGCAUUCAUCAAAAGCGGGCCUGGAACAAUUGGUGGCAGUGCGUGGCAAGAUCAACAAAAAAUGGAUCACCUGCGAAAAAUUUUCCAAAGGGUAAUUUGUAUCCCAGUCAAUGGUCUUGAGGCGAUGUGGAAAGAGUAUGACCAGUUUGAGAUGGGUCUGAACAAAACAACUGGUCGUAAAUUCAUUUCGGAAAAGUCACCAGCUUACAUGACUGCAAGGUCAUCCGGAUUGGCGCUCCGCAAUACCAUUAAUGGCCUAGUACGAACAACCCUACCGCGGCUACCGCCAGUUCCUGGCUUUGACGGUUAUGAAGAAUACACAUUGCAGGUGGAACUUUGGAAGAAAUGGAUACAAUGGGAAAAGGGCGACCCCCUCGUUCUUGCCCAGGAACCCAACCCUGAGGAUCUCACUGGCUUCCAAAAUAGAAUACUCUAUGUUUACAAACAAGCGCUGAUGGCCCUCCGGUUUCUCCCCGAGAUGUGGUUUGAGGCCGCCGAAUUUUGUUUUUCGAUUGGGCGCGAAAAGGAGGGUGUGGAUAUCCUCAUGCAAGGGAUGAAGGCGAACCCAGAGAGUUGCUUGCUUCACUUCAGGUACGCUGAGUACCUUGAGUCAAGUGUCCCCGCUCCUCCAGCGGAAGACCGAGAUGCUGUCAAGAAGAGAAGCGCACCUGUCCGAGAGAUUUACGAUAAAAUCUUGGAUGUCUAUUACAAUUUGCUGGGGAAGGCGCACGAGCGUGAAAAGGAAAACGUGGCUCUCUUGGAAGAAAGUGUAAAGAAAACGAAGAACAAUGCUGACGAUGACGACGAUGAUGACUACGAGCCACCAUCUGACACUAACGUCUCGAAUCAGAUAGCCAUGGUCAAAGAGGCCGCAAAGCAGGAGACGAAUAGUAUAUCUAAGAUAAUUUCAGCAAUAUGGAUUAACUUAAUGAGGACAAUGCGCCGCAUCGAGGGACACGGUAAAAUUGGAGAUAUUAUUGGAGGAUCUCGACAAAUAUUCACCGAUGCUCGCAAGCGCGGUAAAAUCACAUCGGACGUCUACGUAGCUAGCGCGUUGAUGGAAUUCCAUUGCUACAAAGAUCCGUCCGCCAACAGGAUCUUUGAUCGUGGCCUCAAGAUGUUUCCGGAGGACGAAGAAUUUGUGCUUGAGUACCUCAAACAUCUAAUUGCAACAAAUGACUUGACGAAUGCAAGAGCCGUAUUUGAAACGUUUGUUGGAAAAAUAACUGCGGAGAAGGCUGGUAAUGCAAAGCGAGUUUUCCAGUUCUUCUAUGACUAUGAGUCUCAGUAUGGAGAACUUAGUCAAAUUCAGAAACUCGAGAAGAGGAUGAGGGAAUUCUAUCCACAAGAUCCUCAGUUAAAAAUGUUUUCAGGAAGGCAUUCGUACAAGCUUCUUAACCCAUCUUCGUUCUCUCCUAUUGUUUCUCCGACCCAAGUUCGUCCGAAGGGGUCUGGCGCACGACAGCCUGUGGCUCUACCUGAAAGGUCGCCCAAGCGUCAAGCCGAAGAUUCUGACGGUGAUGUAUCGAAGAACGAACGGCCCAGGAAGAUUGCUCGUGGAGAGUCUCCCAUCAAAGGGGCCGCUGGUCGCCGUUUAAUGGAUCAGCAAAAACGUGCCGCUGCUGCUGCCGCGAAUCGAGAACAGGAGGGGCGUCAUAAUCAAUCGCACCACGGGAAGCAUGCGUCGAUUUCAGGCACACUUCCUCCGCCCCCCUCGCUGCCUGACUCAAUCAUGUAUCUCCUCAGCAUCCUGCCGCCAAGUCACACCUACCGGUCCGUUAGAUUCAAUCCGGAAGAGAUUUACAAGCUGCUCGCUAGCAUGAACUUGCCUGCUCCUCCAUCAAGUCAACAAAAUGGUGUGUCUUUCUUUUCGUCGCCACCUUUUCACACAUGGCUUCAGGCAAUAUCUACAAACCAGCAUCAUUUCAGUGCCUACGAUAAUCAUUUAGGUGGCCUUCAUACUGCUAGCGGUCUGCCCCAAAGGGGACCAUUUCAACCUCAAGGUCUCCUAAGUGGGCAUGGGCUGGUUAAUCAAUCUUUUCAGAUGCCUUAUACACCGCUUAACCAUAUGCUGCCACCAUCUCCGUCCGCCGCUAGUGGACAAUGCCCUCCCCCUUCUCCUCCCUCUUCCAAUAAUAGCACCCAAGAGGCUCUGAGAACUCUCUUUGAACUCCUUCAACCGGGGCCAAAGUAG